CCUAUCUGGUUUUCACGAAAGCCACCUCGUCGAUACCGAAGCAUAUUAUUCUUUGUUUAUCUUUCUUCUAAGGGAAUUCAUGUUUCUCGUCUUUUAAAACAAAAUAGAAGAAAAAAAAAUGCAGCGAUCACGAAAUUGCAAGAUCUGUGGGAACGAAGCCAUACACGCUUGCCGUCUAUCGAUCUCUAAUCUCAAAGUUUUAUUCGUUUUUGAAUCGUCGCUAUUGAAUAAUUCGAUCUCCCGUUUUUGCGAUGAGCUGGUCCGAUAAGCUGCUCCUCCUCCUCCGAUCUCUGCAGAUUUUCAAAUUUCCUCUUUAAUCGGAUCGUUUAGUUGAUUUUUUUCACGAAUUUUGGGAAAUCUCCCUGUUUCUUCAAUGGAUAAGAAGGUUUCGUUUACCGAUGAGCUUCCUGAUGUUACAAUCUCAGCGCUUCUACAGAAGCAGAACAAUGUGGUGCAGCCUUGUGUGAUCGUGAUAGGCAGUGGCAUAUCAGGUCUGGCUGCUGCUAGGAGCCUCUCUGAAGCUUCUUUUAACGUGACUGUUCUCGAAUCACGUGAUAGGAUUGGUGGUCGCAUCCAUACCGAUUACUCCUUUGGUUGUCCUGUUGAUAUGGGAGCUUCUUGGUUACAUGGAGUCUCCAACGACAACCCCUUGGCUCCUAUUAUACGCCGUCUAGGGCUCACUCUAUACCGAACUAGCGGGGAUGACUCCAUCUUGUAUGACCAUGAUCUCGAAAGUUAUGGACUUUAUGACAUGCACGGGAAUAAAAUUCCGCCGCAGUUGGUCACUCAAGUUGGAGAUGCAUUCAAGAGAAUUCUCGAAGAGACGGAGAAAAUAAGGGAUGAAACUGCCAAUGACAUGUCAGUUCUUCAAGGAAUAUCCAUCGUCUUGGAUAGACAUCCAGAACUAAGGCAAGAAGGAAUUGCCUACGAAGUUUUGCAAUGGUACAUAUGUAGGAUGGAAGCAUGGUUUGCUGUAGAUGCGAAUUUGAUAUCGCUCAAAUGUUGGGAUCAGGAUGAAUGUCUUUCCGGUGGCCAUGGUCUAAUGGUACAGGGUUAUGAGCCAGUGAUCAGAACAAUUGCUAAAGACAUUGAUAUCCGCUUGAACCACAGGGUUACUAAAGUGUCAAGAACAUCUAAUAACAAGGUUAUAGUGGAAGUUGAAGGAGGAACCAACUUCGUUGCUGAUGCUGUUAUCAUCACUGUGCCCAUCGGUGUGCUCAAGGCAAACCUGAUUCAGUUUGAGCCGGAGCUCCCACAAUGGAAGACCUCUGCGAUAUCUGAUCUUGGAGUAGGCAACGAGAAUAAGAUUGCCCUGAGAUUUGAAAACGUGUUUUGGCCCAACGUGGAGUUCCUGGGGAUGGUUGCACCAACUUCUUACUCGUGUGGCUAUUUUCUGAAUCUUCACAAAGCAACAGGCCAUCCUGUGCUUGUUUAUAUGGCUGCAGGAAACCUCGCUAAGGACCUUGAAAAGCUAUCCGAUGAGGCUACUGCAAAUUUCGUAAUGCUACAACUUAAGAAAAUGUUUCCCGACGCACCUGACCCGGCUCAGUAUCUUGUGACACGGUGGGGAACGGAUCCAAACACAUUGGGGUGUUACGCAUAUGACGUAGUUGGGAUGCCGGAAGAUCUAUACGCGAGGCUAGGAGAGCCGGUUGAUAAUAUAUUCUUUGGAGGAGAAGCUGUGAACGUCGAGCAUCAAGGGUCUGCUCACGGAGCCUUCUUAGCAGGAGUCUCGGCCUCUCAGAAUUGUCAGAGGUAUAUCUUCGAGAGACUCGGAGCUUGGGAGAAACUCAAACUUGUUUCUCUUAUGAGAAAUAGUGAUAUACUUGAAACUGGAACUGUUCCUCUCCAGAUCUCCAGGAUGUAAUUGUUCUACCUCUUAUCUUUCUUUUACUUUCAUUUAGUUUUCUGCUUAAAACACAAGCAAUGGUUCUUUUUUUUUCCUAUCUGAAAACAAAAACAAAUAAACAUUUCGACUUCUGCAUGGUGAAGUACUUUGAGAACCCGUAAACACAUGGGUAUAUUUUUUUACUUUCCUUUUUAUCAAAGGGUAUAUUUUUGA